AUUCUGCCAGCGCGUAUGGCAGCUCCGGUAGAUUGCCAAGACCUCAACAGAUGCCUAGACAGAUGUAUGCACCUCCCGCCUGUCCGAUGCAGCCAAACUACCCCGGCCAGCAGUUUCAACCUCAGCAUCAUGUUGCCCGCGCAACGCCAGGGGCCGCUCCAAUGGCGCCGAUGUAUCAUCAACCGCUAUAUCGCAGUGCUCUUGAGAUUCCGGAUUGGAAUCUGAGGCAGAAAGUGGAGAAUAUGCUGGCGACACUGGGCAAUAACAUCACCGUGAUGGGGUGUUUGCGGGCUCUGGAAAAGAGUCGCGGUGAUCAGACCUUGGCCAUGACAUGGCUCGUUGAUCAAGCGGAGCGCAGCACUCCCUCGGCGGAUGAGUUGGGGACCCAAAGUCCUAUACAGAGAAGGGGAAUCGCUCAAAACGUGUCACAGGGCUACAGUGGCCAGUCCUCGCAACCGGCACGCCCUACUGCAAAGCAAGAUAUCAGAGCAAAGCAGACGAUUGCCGAGAAGUAUCGUGCUCCAGCAAACCGGAAGCCGUUGCGUGUCAUUCAUGAUGACGAUGAUAGCGACGACGAGGACGUCGUCCCUCGAGGUCGAGGUGGUGGUGGUAAAGCUGCCCUGUCGAGUCCACCCUCGUCACCUCCGCCCCAAGUACGCGUGCGACCAGGUCGUUUGGCCAAGAAGCGGGCCGCGAUUGUGAUAUCUGACGACGAAGAUGAUGAAUUUGGUAUGGGAAGAGCAGAUGCGAGCGAUGAGUCUGACGCAGACCUGCAACGAGUGGAAGCACCUGAGGUGUCAGAAGACGUGCAGGAGAUGCGCGAAGAGAGAGUGCUAAAACUACUGAACGAAUCCACAGUGGCAGACCUUGCUGAGAUUACAGCCAAGCCAUUGGACAACAUCCGAUUUGUCCUGGAUCACCGACCAUUCGACGAUCUUGACGAAGUCCGUGCGAUUGUACAAGAAAGCUUGACCAAGGCUGGAAAGAAGUCGAAGAAGACGAAAGCGCUAGGCGAGCAGCUUGUUGAAGAAUGCAUCGAAGUGAUGUCCGGAUACGAUGCUGUUGAUGAACUUGUCGUCAAGUGUGAGAAACUUUCCGGCCCGCUGCAAGAGGCGCUCAAGGCAUGGGGCGUUGGCGACGUCAAGGAUGGCGAACUACAAAUAAUGAGCUUGGAUGAAUCCCACGAUUCUGGCAUCGGCACGCCCGCCAGCUCUGUCGCAGAGGAUGUUCCUUUGAAUGGUACGAAGACAAAGCGCAAGGGAAAGUUCCUCGCACAACCGGAGAACAUGAGCAAGGAUGUUACCAUGAAGGACUACCAGUUAGUCGGUCUGAACUGGCUGCAUAUGCUCUACACGAAGAGAAUAUCGUGUAUUCUUGCUGACGACAUGGGCCUGGGGAAAACGGCGCAAAUUAUCUCGUACUUGGCACAGUUGCAGCUGGAGCAGGUAGAUGGUGUCCAUCUCAUCAUCGUCCCCGGCUCCACGCUGGAAAAUUGGCUACGCGAGUUCGAGAAAUUCGCGCCCGACAUGGUCGUGCGGCCAUACUACGGUCUGCAAGCCGAACGUGGACAACUACAAGAGCAGCUCGAGGCAGAACGUAACACGAUUGAUGCCAUUGUUACCACUUACGACAUGGCAGUGAAGCAAGAUGACAACAAGUUCCUCCGCAAGUUUGGCCCUUUCGCAGUCUGCGUCUACGACGAGGCGCACAUGCUGCGCAACCCGAACUCGGAUCGGUACACACAACUGACCCGAAUCGGUGCAGAUCACAAGGUCUUGUUGACGGGCACGCCGCUGCAGAACAAUCUGCAGGAACUCAUCGCAAUACUGGCGUUCAUCAUGCCCGAAAUGUUCCACGAGAAGCGCGAUGAUCUGAACUUCCUAUUCAAGCACAAAGCGACGACGAAGGACACAUCGUCAGCUGCACUGCUGUCCAACGAACGCGUGGCACGAGCUCGUAGCAUGAUGACGCCCUUCAUCCUCCGUCGCAAGAAGCAGCAGGUGCUGGAUCUGCCGAAGAAAGACUCUCGUGUAGAGUACUGCGAAAUGACCGACACACAAGCAAACUACUACGCCGAUCUGGUUGAGGAAGCGCAGCGGGUCUUUGCAGAGAAAGCUGCGCCUGGGGCCAAGAGAAAUGCUGCCACAAACAAAGCGUCCUCGAACAUCAUUAUGGCUCUUCGCAAGGCUGCGAUUCACCCGCUCUUAUCCAAACGAAUCUUCGAUGACAAGAAGCUCGAUAAGCUGGUCACAGCUUUAACCAAAUCUGACGAAUUCGGCAGCAACCCUCCGGACAAGAUCAGAGCUUACCUUGACGGUACUGCAGCACAAUGCCUCAAGGGCGGAGACUUUGGUCUGCAUAAGUUUUGUGCCGAUCCCGCGCGCUCGUAUCUACACAAGCGCUUCGCACUGAAGAAGCAAGAGUGGAUGGAUGCCGGAAAGGUGGUAAAGUUCAAGGAGCUGAUCCAAUCCUACGUCGAGAAUGGCGAUCGCACCUUGGUCUUUUCACAGUUUACCACACUUAUGGAUAUUCUUGAGGAAGUCCUCGAGACGCUGAAUAUCAAGUUCUUGAGACUGGAUGGCUCGACAAAUAUGGCCGAUCGUCAGGAUAUGAUUGAUAAGUUCUACACAGACGAGACGAUCCCCGUGUUCAUGUUGUCCACCCGCGCUGGUGGCGCAGGCAUCAACUUGGCUGCUGCCAACAAGGUCAUCAUCUUUGACUCGGGCUUUAACCCGCAGGACGACAUCCAAGCCGAAAAUCGUGCUCAUCGCGUAGGACAAACACGCGAGGUCGAGGUGGUCCGUCUCGUUACCAAAGGCACUAUCGAGGAGCAGAUUCACGCCCUCGGGGAAUCCAAGUUGGCGCUCGAUGAGCGCGUUGCGGGCGAAGGAGCGAGUGUGGCAGAUGAGAAACAAGCUGAUAAGGCGGGUCAACAGAUGGUCGAAGACAUGUUUGUACAGAAGCUCAAGAAAGAAGACGGCAAGGACACGGUCGAAGCGGAAGUCGCUGUGAAAGAAGGAGAUGUCAAGACUAACGGUGAUGACUUGAAGGACACGUUCAAGAAGGGCCUGGAGGGAGAAGGCUUGAAAGUCGCUUCCAAGCAGGCACAAUUUUGAAUGAUGAUGACCCGCGAGAUGGAUGGUAGGCAAGGAUAUGUCGGCUACGCCGAGCAUGUGGAUCGGUGGCUUGGUAUGUAAAACACUGUCGCCAGAAUCAUGUCUUGCCCAAGCAACUACCUAUGUAGUUCGCAGUCUUCCAUGCGGUCCAUGAAAUGAUUCAUGAAAGGGCAUACAACUUUGUAAUCUUCCAUGCGGUCCAUGAUAUGAUUCAUGAAGGGCAUACAACGUGGUCUUGCUCGUCAUGUCGCCUGCUAUCGUCUCUCCCCCGGCAUUCUCACUGGGGCUUGCAUAAACCAUUAUUACCUGUACCCACGACCACUCAUCGCUGCAUCAAAUUCGUGUGAGCAUGCCAUCUGAAUCACCUGCCUGUGAAAGCACCUGCUUCAGCUGCCUGGCGCCACGCUAUCGUUGCGAAGGGCACCCCGCCGUUGUGCUUCCUGUUUAGCCGCGUUGAGUCUUGCCUCCAGAGCUUCCUUGGAAAUGGCAAGCCCGCUGGGCAGCGCGCGUGAACGCUCAUUUCUGGUUCCACCGUUGACUUUCGACGGUGUGAUACGGGCGCUUGAGGCCCCCUCACCUGGAGCGUCGCUCUGCCAUGAGCCUUCUCGGCUCAGGCGGGGGUAGUUCUUCGAUCGACCUCGAUCAGUAAUGAGGUCUGAUGGUGGCGACAACCUACCCGUGUGUUUCGAUGCGGAGAGAGAUCGGCGACGUGGUGGUGAAUGCGAUGAUGAUGAAGUCGUGCGACGGUGACGCCUGUUUGGUGGUGAGCGAGAGUCACCAUCAUAAGAAGGAGACCGCCGGCGUCUGCGUGGUGCAGGUGAAGGUGAGCGCUUUCUCGCACGGCGAUCCUCAUCGUCUCUACUAGCUGCUCUCCGCCUUUUCGGAGAUGGGGACCGCGGGGCAUCCGAGCUUGAGUAUCUCCGCCUGCGACGUCUCGGUGGAGAUGGCGAGCGCGAUGGCGAUCGGCCGUAGGAUGGGGAGCGGCGGCGGCGUUGAGUGCUAUAGUCCCCUCCAUCACGACCUCGUCCCCGAGCUCCAGGUACGUAACGGUCUGCGGCUGAAGCGCGUGGUGGACUGCGACGUCUUGGUGGUGGCGAUCGAGAAUCGCGUGAAGGUCGACGUUCAUAAGAACGAUCCCGUUGACGUUCUCUGCCUCCUCGACCUCCUCGACCACGAUAGCUACGAUCGCGUUCGCGGAGGCGUGCCAGCUCUCGUUCGCGCUCUCGUUCGCGCUCACGCUCGUCAAUCUCUCGCUGUCUGGCUUCUUCGCGUGCCUUGUCUUCGGCUAGUCUUUCUUGAAUGAGCUCAAACUUCUUCGCCUCGAGCAACUCUUGCGGGAUGCCCUUUGGAUCGGACUGUGCACUGAGCAGCAGCUUCCAUAAUUGGCGACAAAAGGGCGCAGCAUCUUUGUCGAGGAAACCAGAGAUGUCAGUCUGUAUCUGUUUGAUGUUGGGAAACUUGCCCGACUCGAGAAAGGUGAACAUCAUUUCGGUCACCACGUCGUCGUCGCUAUUGAGAAUCCUCGUGAUCUCGUCCGACACCCACUUCUUAAUCACCGGCAGGUUGACCUUUGAGAUGUUAACUUUCUUGCUGAACUCUUCGGGCCACUUGGUGUUACGCAUCGCACGCGCAUCAGCGCCUGUUUGGAGCGCUGCCGACAUGGUCGCAGAGAGUCCGGGGUCUGCGUCGGUCCCCGGACGAGCGUCGACAGCACCAGUUGCGAGGACAGGACAGGAGGCGAGGAGUGGGUAGUGGUGUGGCGAGGUGAGGGGAAGUGAAGUGAAGGUUGUCCAAUGCCACUGCCUGAGGAGGAGUAGCAGCGAACUUCUGUCUGGUCAACAGUCGACAGCUCCAGUGAAC